AUGCAGUGGGAGCUGCGUGUGGCUGUGCUGGUGCUGGUGCUGCUGAGGCCGGUGAUGGUCGGUGACGUGGCUGUGGUUACAGUGCCCAGGGAUGCACCGGAUGCGUGCGGCCAGCGGCCACUGCUGGAAGGCCACUGGGGAUCCCGGGUCGUCGGUGGACACGAUGCUCCGGUGGGAGCGUGGCCGUGGCUCGUGAGCCUCCAGCUUUACCGCGGUGCCGGCUGGUACACACACGUUUGUGGAGGAGUUCUGGUCAAUGGGAAUUCGGUGCUUACCGCCGGGCACUGCGUUGCAGGGAGCAGGAAGCCAUCCACCUGGCGGGCUGUUUUGGGGGUGCACAACCUUGGGCAGCCCGGUGCCCACAGCGCCCGGAGGUACCUCAGGAGCAUCGUGGUGCACCCAGGCUUCAGGAGAGACACGUUUGAGAACGACGUGGCCGUGCUGGAGCUCGGCUCUGCGGUGCGCUACGGCAGCGCCAUCCAGCCCAUCUGCCUGGCGCCGGCACACCUGGAGCCACUCAGCCACAGCGGAACCCAGUGCUUCAUCAGCGGCUGGGGACGCAAGAGAGAGCAAGGUAAAAUUUCAGCCGUGUUACAAGAAGCACAAGUGGAAAUCAUCCCUUCCAAUGUCUGUAACAGCUCUGAUGCCUACGGGGGGCUGGUUAACGACAACAUGAUCUGCGCUGGCUCUCUAUGGGGAGGCCCCGAUACCUGCCAGGGAGACAGUGGAGGACCCUUGGCAUGCUAUCACCCCCCUACCAACAGAUACUACCUCGUGGGGAUCGCCAGCUUUGGAGUCGGCUGUGGCCGACCACGAUUCCCUGGGGUCUACGUCCGUUUGUCUCGAUACAGAAGAUGGAUACAAGCAGAACUGGAGCUGAAUAACAAGGCUGUGAGCCCCAUGAGGGCUCCACUCCCCAUCCUUCUGAGCCUGACACCCACAGUGCUUGUGUGGAGUCUCUGAGGGGACAAACCACCGGGUCAUCGCUGCAGAGGCUCGGUGUGCCUGGUAAACCUUUGGGAAGAGCCCUAGCCCCUGCUUCAGAAUAAACCUGAGAGCCAAGGGACACACAGUGAGCUUUCCAAGCCGUGUUUGCACUUGUAGCAGUGCUUUCCUUUCUGCUUUUGAUGCCCGUAUUACCAGUACAGGGAUUGGUAACAGCCUUAACCCUGAUAAUGAAGCUGAAU